CGCGGGGUGGGCAAAGCGGGCGCGGGAUUGGCCCGGGCGCGCCGUCACGUGAGCCAGGCGGGGCCGGCGACGGGCGUAUUGUGGUGGAGGGGCUCCGCUUGUCAGACGGGAUAACCGGAACAGGGAAUUGAAAGUGCUGGACGAAGGACCACGGCACAAGUGUUGGAAAAUAAAUUUGUGGGAAGAAAACUUUUUUUAAAGAUGUGUUGACCAGAAGAAUCUCUCACUAGUGGCCCUUGAAAAUCUAGUGCCUUAUAAAAGAUGGGGUUUGGAAGUGACCUGAAGUAUUCUCAUGAAGCAUUGGUAAAACUGCAAGAUUGGGAAUUACGGCUGCUAGAAACGGUGAAGAAAUUUAUGGCCAUGAGAAUAAAAAGUGACAAGGAAUAUGCAUCCACUUUACAGAAUCUUUGCAAUCAGGUUGAUAAAGAGAGUACUUCACAACUGGAUUAUGUUAGUAAUGUAUCUAAGUCCUGGCUGCUCAUUGUGCAGCAAACAGAACAGCUUAGCAAGAUCAUGAAAACGCAUGCAGAAGACUUGAAUGCUGGGCCAUUACAUAGACUUACCAUGAUGAUCAAAGAUAAGCAACAAAUCAAGAAGAGUUACAUAGGUGUUUACCAGCAAAUUGAGGCAGAGAUGUUCAAGGUUACAAAAACAGAAUUGGAAAAAUUAAAAUCUACUUAUAGACAAUUAAUUAAGGAAGUAAAUUCUGCAAAAGAGAAGUAUAAGGAAGCUCUGUCUAAAGGAAAGGAGACUGAAAAAGCCAAAGAACGUUACGAUAAAGCUACUAUGAAACUCCACAUGUUGCACAAUCAGUAUGUGUUGGCGCUGAAAGGAGCACAGUUACACCAGCACCAGUAUUAUGAUGCUACGCUUCCUCUGUUCCUUGACUCCUUGCAGAAGAUGCAAGAAGAAAUGGUUAAAGCACUAAAAGGUAUCCUUGAAGAAUACAGUCAGAUCACCAGUCUUGUAACAGAAGAAAUAGUGAAUGUUCAUAAAGAGAUCCAAACAUCUGUUGAACAGUUAGACCCUGGUUCUGAGUACAGUAGUUUCAUAGAGGCUCACAGGACACCAGAUGUUGCGCAACAAGAAAUAGAGUUUGAUACAUCUUUAUUGGAAGAAAAUGAAAAUCUUCAAGCUAAUGAGAUUAUGUGGAAUAAUUUAACAGCUGAAAGUUUGCAAACAAUGUUGAAAACAGUAGUAGAAGAGCUGAUUCAGACACAGCAGACACUUCUAAACAAGGAGGAGCUAGUAUUGGAAUUAGAAAAAAAGAUAGAAGAAUCUUCUAAGAUCUGUGAGAGGAAAUCUGAUGUUGUGCUUCUAUUAAGCCAGAAACAGACACUGGAAGAAUUGAAGCAAACGGUUCAGCAAUUGAGAUGCACUGAAGUCAAGUUUGCUGCCCAGAAGGAACUUCUAGAACAAAAAGUGCAAGAAAAUGAUGGGAAAGAACCGCCACCUGUUGUAAACUAUGAGGAGGAUGCCAGAUCAGUUUCUUCAAUGGAUAAGAAAGAUAAAGUUUCCCGGUUUGAUACCAUUCGGCACUCCAUUGCUGGAAUGAUAAGAUCUCCAAAGUCUAUGUUGGGCUCUUCAUCGGUAAGUCCACAGUUCUUUGAUGUAAUAUCAACCAGCGAGAAACCUCUGGCAGACCAAGAUUGGUAUCAUGGUGCAAUCCCAAGAAUAGAAGCUCAAGAGUUAUUAAAGCAGCAAGGAGACUUCUUGGUGCGAGAGAGUCAUGGCAAGCCUGGUGAAUACGUCCUUUCUGUGUUUUCAGAUGCGCAACGGAGACACUUCAUCAUACAAUAUGCUGAUAAUCAGUAUCGAUUUGAAGGGACGGGGUUUUCAACUAUUCCUCAGCUUAUAGAACAUCAUUACACAACGAAACAGGUGAUUACAAAGAAAUCAGGUGUCGUUCUGCUGAAUCCUGUUGUUAAGGAUAAAAAAUGGAUUCUCAAUCAUGAAGAUGUCACACUGGGAGAAUUACUGGGGAAAGGUAAUUUUGGUGAAGUAUAUAAGGGAAUAUUGAAAGAUAAAACUCCAGUUGCUGUAAAGACAUGUAAGGAAGACCUUCCCCAGGAGCUGAAAAUAAAGUUUUUAUCAGAGGCCAGAAUACUCAAACAGUAUGACCAUCCGAAUGUGGUAAAGCUUAUAGGAGUUUGCACUCAAAGGCAACCUAUAUAUAUCGUUAUGGAGCUUGUUCCAGGAGGUGAUUUCCUCUCCUUUUUAAGAAAGAAGAAGGAUGAGCUAAAAACCAAGCAGCUUGUGAAAUUUUCAUUAGAUGUUGCUGCUGGGAUGGCGUAUCUCGAAUCCAAAAACUGUAUACACAGGGACCUUGCUGCAAGGAACUGCCUUGUAGGCGAAAACAAUGUCCUGAAAAUUAGCGACUUUGGAAUGUCUCGUCAAGAAGACGAUGGAGUAUAUUCAUCUUCAGGAUUAAAACAGAUUCCCAUCAAAUGGACUGCUCCAGAGGCUUUAAACUAUGGGCGAUACACUUCUGAAAGUGAUGUGUGGAGUUAUGGAAUUUUCCUCUGGGAGACCUUCAGUUUAGGUGUCUGUCCAUACCCAGGAAUGACUAAUCAGCAAGCACGGGAACAAGUGGAGAAAGGCUAUCGAAUGUCAGCACCUCAGAAGUGCCCGGAGGAAAUCUAUAAAAUAAUGCAACGGUGUUGGGAUUACAAUCCUGAAAUGAGACCGAAAUUCAGCGAAAUUCACAAAGAGCUCUCUGCAUUGAAAAAGAAAGUGGCCUCAUGAGAAGUUAACAGGACUCAAAACUAGAGGACUCUUUUCUCUUUUCCCAGAAAAGUAAUAUUUUAUGUCAUGAACACUACACUUUUAUACAUUUCUUUCAAUAUUCUUCUAGAAUUCUUUUUUAAAAACAAAAAAACGGUUUGUAUUCAAGUGUGCCAGGCUGAAAAUGUCAAAGAUAUCUAUGUUAAAGAGAGAGAGAGCACUCUGCCAAAUGCUUUAUAUCUGAUCACAGUGAUGCUGUCAUUUAGGUUAUAUGUAAAUAGACAACAUAUAGUAUGUGUAUAUGUUUUGUGUUUUUUUAAAAGAACUCUGGCUGCUUUCUAUUAGCGAGAUAACUCCCUAAUCUUUUUUUCUGGGCUUUACCUCUGCUUUGAUUCGAAGUCCACAAAGUGCCUGCCAGGUGGUUUAUGCACGAAGGCAGGCACAUUUUUGUUACCUCCGUUUAAAAGAAUAUACAAUAUAAUGCUCUGAAAACAAACAAAAAUACCAGCUAACACAGCCUUGGAUUUAUGUGUAUUCUUACUCUAAAAGAUCUUAUUUGAACAGUUUGAUUACAGAAUGGAACUGCAUGCAUAUAUUUCUAGCAGAUAUUUCAUGACAGUAAAUAUUCCCUAUACCCCUCCCAAUUUUUUAAACCAAGAAAAAGUAGGCACAAUUCACUAAGUGCAAAUCUAUAUGGUCUGGCUGUUAUGGGGGGGGGGAGCACAGAAUAAAUCCAGAUGUGAGCCUUAUAUAUGAUGCAUCUAUCAGGAAAACACUGUAGAUGAUCUGUUUUUCAGAAGGAUGAGCUGCAGCAGUGCAUAGUUGUUCUUGAAUGUGUGCAUUCAGAAGUGCUGUCUGCAAGAAACAUGUUUGAGAAGGAGAGUGGCAUAUCAUGAAGGUAACCAGUAACACUGAAUUUGGAUGGGGAAGGGGAAGUGACUUACUCAAUUGAUCUUUGGGAGAUUUGUGAAUUGAUGUUCCUGUUCAAUAUGCAGCUGAAGCAAAGAAAAAAGGAAGAAAUGUAUUUCAUGUACACUUUCUAAAGGGGGAAUGUAUUUUUCAGUAGCCGGGAGCAGGGGGUGGGAUCCUAAUGGCGGGGAAACUAACAAGGAAAUGUUAUCUUCUGUAUAUAGUAUCUGGCACACUGAACAAACUACAAAGUCAAAACAUUGCAUUUCCCUAAUUAUGCUCAGAUUCUGCUGGGUUUAUUCAGUUGACAAAUUGCAAACUUCAAAAUGACAAGUGAGCAUCAACAUAUUAUUUCCAAGGUCUCCUACAAUUAGACCCUUUCUGGGCUAUUGUGUAAGUUGAUGGUAUGAUCCUGACCUCUUGGAUCUUCAGUUGAUGAGUCUUGUUGCAGGAGUUUCAACUUGUGCUGAAGAGGCAGCAAAAUGAUGGCCACAGUGUCGGCACAUUGAUCGUUUCCAGCCCAGGACAAUGGAGAUGAGGAAAUUAAAAAGCGUUUUGAGCCUCAAAACGGCAUUCUUUUGUACAGUAGGACCAAGAUGUAGGUGAAGUCUUUGACUGCUUUACAUGUUACCUGUUUGGCUGACCCUGCUGGCCAGAACACAUUUGCUUUUCUCUCUGUGUGUGUGUUUUUUGUGAUAGUACAGAGUGGUGAUGUUGGGCAAGGUAAAGUAUACUUGUAGUCUAGAAAAGUUGAUGUCAUUAACAUGAUGAUAACUUUAAUUGUUGGAUUAAACAGUGGAGUCCAUUGUAGAUGGACUUGUUAGCAGUCUAGCACAGGGGUUUCCAGGUGAUUCUUGCCUUAUUACACCUUACUACACCAGGACUGGUCAAUGAGUUCAGAAUCUAAUGGAGAAGGAGAGGGAGUGGGAAGAAAAUAUAGUGUUGCAUAGCUUAGCCUGGCAGUUUCUUUAUUUAGCAGUGGGCAUGUGCUGAUCUUUGUUCAACACAAAUAGGAAAUACUGUAUUAGUUAAUUAUGGUGACCCUAAAGGGAUCCACAACAGUGUGCCUUAAUUCAUUGGCAUUGUUAUCUAAAGUGCACAAGGUCUGAAUGCUAUCACCACAUGGGAGAAAACACCACCAAUCGCCUAGCUUUAGGUCUUCAUCUAUGCAUUCACGUAAGGGCAAGAAUGUACCUUCUUUUAUUCACUGUGUUCUUAAUUUUUGUCUUAAGUGUUAAUAUUUUUAUAUACAAGAGACUAUACCAUUUCUUUAAAGUCUUCUGAAUGUACUCUUGUCUUUCAGCAAUGAAAAGGACAGCUCUUUGUCUUAAUUCAAUUAGCAGGACUUUCUGUCCUGUUCUUGUACAGAUGUAAAGGAUAAACACUAUUUAUAUUUCAUUUAUGUAAGCAGAUUUGCAAUUCAUGUCAGACUGCUGCUCAAAUUGAAAACCAUUUUCCAAACAUGGGAUACCAGUAGCAUUUAGAAUUUGUUCUGGCUGUCCUAAAAUCAGGGGUCAACUGAAGAUCACUAACUUAUGGGAUAUUGUUGGUUGACUGAUAAAAAAAGAAAGUAAGUGUAGUGUACUGGCAGUUUUCUUCACACCAUCUUGUGAAUCACUCUCUUAGAAAAAGACACCUGCCAAUGCCUGUUGGAAUUAUGUAUGUUAGGAAGUUAAAUUCAUUCCAGAUGCAUGCAGACAUAAACUAUUAGUUGCAAGGAUUUGGUCAAAAGAACGAGGCUGUUUAAUGCACCCCUGCUCAGUGAAGUUUAUUAAAGCUGGGGAAACUGCAUUCGAAGCUGCUUUCUUAAUGAAGUAAAAACUUUGCAUUAUUAUAAAAUUGUUGUUUGUUACAGGAUUUAUAUAACUAGUCUCUUAGAAGAAGAUUAGAAUCACACACACACCCCAACCCUCUUUCUUGGGAAUAUGCAAUAUGAAAUAAAUAUUGUCAUUUAUA